AUGGCUUUGCUUUAUAAGCCUCUAUCCGAAGAGAUCGGAGAGAUUCGACUCAUAGUGGUCGAUCAGGGGAACUCGGCCGACCCAAUCACUUGCAGUUUCGACACAGUCUCACUGACCGACACACCUACACCUUCAUAUGAUGCGCUUUCUUACACCUGGGGAGAGGGCGACAUCAGCCGCGAACCAAUCAUUCUGGACGGGACGCUCUUGUAUGUGAGAGCAAACCUAUAUGCUGCGUUGCAAGCAAUCCGCAACAGCACUGGUCCAGUCGUGCUGUGGAUCGACGCCAUCAGCAUCAACCAAUCAGACCUGGACGAACGAGCCCGACAGGUCCGUCUAAUGAGAGACGUGUUUGCCAAGGCGAGAAGAGUUCUAGCCUGGGUUGGUCCGCUACAAGACGAGCGCGAUAUACACGCAAUGGAACUCAUGACUAGAAUCAUCCUCGAGCCGGCAACGUCGACAGGCGAAGCCGCGCGAGACGUCACAAGUCUAGAUAAUCCGCAUGAAAACUCGCUCUCCUCGCUGUACCAUUUUCUCUCGAGACCCUACUGGGGCAGAAUGUGGAUAGUACAAGAGCUCGCCGUCGCGCAAGAAUGCUGGGUCCUCUGCGGGUCGUCGAGGCGGCCGUUCAGCGACUACAUCUCUCUCCCGGCGAGGCUCUUGCCGCUGAUGCGGCUCGAGGACCUGGAGACUUCGGGAUCAGUGGAAGCAUCGGAUCUUGCAGGGAUCCUGACUUUCACUCAGAUGAUCGACGCGGUCUGCCAGUUCCGAGACAAUGACUGCGAAAUCGACCUUCGAGGCGCGCUGGAGUUCCUUCCGGGGCACGCCUGCUCGGACCCAAGAGACAAAGUCUACGCAAUACUGGGGCUGUGUGGCGAAGCAAGCCGUGCCGCCAUUGUUCCCGAUUACGGCGAGACAAUGACUCUCAUGAAGCUUCAUCGCCGGGUUGUGGAGCACUGCUUGGAUGUCGAGGGAAACCUCACCGUUCUUGCCGGGCCUCGUCAUUUUGCUGCACCGGAGGAUGGCCUACCAUCUUGGUGUCCAAGGUUUGACGAUAUUGAUCAAUGGCUUGCAAAAGAUCCCUUGGACCUUCGAGGUCCGGGCCUGAUCCAUCCGCCCUCGCUGGGAUUUAUUGACCAUGCGGAAUCAGGCCCGACUAGACUAGUAGUCGGUGGCUACGUGGCAGAUAGAAUAGCCUCUCUUGUAGAUGUCUACGAGCCUGACAUAACACUAGGAAGUCCAGCUCCGCUUCUUCGGCUCGAAGAAAUAAUCAGCCUGACUCUGCAAAAGGUAGCGAACAGCACUCAAGAGUCAAACGCCGAACUCGACGGGAUCUUACUAAAAGAAGCGGUCAUGUCUACACUUGGAUGGCUACUAUCAUCGGAAGAAAAUCCUCCAGCUUCUGAGUUCUUUCAAGACGUAGCAUCGACCCGUCUCAGGCGCAACAGGAUAUUUGUUACAGAGCUGGGUUUGGUAGGGGCUGGACCUGUUGUUUUUGACAAAGAUGACUUGCUCCGUGAAAGACCAUGA